AUGCUUCGUAAUAACCUGGACCAAUGGUACGAGUACAAUACCUCUUUUGUAGAGAAAUUGCAUGGGAAGUACCCCAAUGAACAGUUGAAUGAAUAUUUGCAAACUACGAGUACGAAUUCCCUGAUAUCCAAUAGACAAAAUUCGGAGUGGGAUGAGCUUCCAAUGGAUUUGGAUUCCCAAUUGAAAUUGGAAUUUGCAUUGUACUUGAUUAAUGAAUCUGCUAACGGUUCUCUAAGUACUAAGGGAACUACUUUCUUACAAAAGCUUGGCUCGGUAGACGUUGACACGUUGAAAGAAUUAGUCCAAUUGGUACUAGAGAAUGAUAAAUCUUUAGCCAAUAAAAGCACUGAUGAGGAUGAGGGGAAAGUGGAACAGAUCACCUCCUACCUGAUCUCUAGCUCCAUUUCUAAAGGUAUCAAUUUGGCAUCAAUAGACAAUUCUUCCAACGAGGAGGGUGUACAUGAUCCAAUCUCAUUUUGUAAGAAAAACAUCGACAUCCUGUUGGAUGCAUACCCACAGAAUUCAAGCAGUUCUUUGCAACACGCGCCCCUUUCUACCUCAGAAUUGGAACUUAACGAUAUCUCAAAACAACAGGACCUACAAACGGCUAUCACGGAUUUACAACUUGCAUACAAGUUCUUGAAAUCGAAAUAUGAAAAUGAUAGAGAUGAAUACCAGGCGACUAUAGAAACUCUGAACAAGACUAACAAAGAGCUUUCUGAAGAGCUCUUACACUAUCAUAGUAAGUUGAAGGAGCGCGAGGAGAAAUCGAAAGUCACUUCACAGAUGCAAUCAAUUCCAAUGGAUAUCGAUAGAUCCUUCUCACAAGCAAUUUCCGAAUCCAGUGACAUCAAAUCCUCAACAUCUGCUUCUAACCAUCAAUCUUUCUCAAUGAUGAAGCAAGAAUUUAAACGAAUCUUAGCUGAUACUCAGUUAAGAUACGAAAAAGAACUAGAACAAGAACGCCUGUUGAGACAACAGUUGGAGAACAAGUUGGAAAAUAAAGGAUACCGCUAA